CCUGGCCAAGCCAGUUGGAAAUGGACGGAGGUGGCUGCUCGAUCACCCAUUGCCGGAUGGAGAUCUUUAGUGGACCGUUGUUUUCCUGCGAUCUUACUUUGGGAUUGUGCUGCGAUGAGCUUCUUGCUUCACGUCACCUGUUGAACAGAAAUGAAGCCUCAAACUCUUCGUGUGCACAGAAGUAAAAUGAAACUCAUCGCAAGGGGUUGAACGCAGGGCAUCACUGUCAACGAAAGUCCGUUUGCAUGGUAUUUGCUGAACCAUGGAGGCUACGUCCAGUACGUCGCCGUCAGUGGAGACGUAUACCUUUGAGUUGAGUCCAAACCCCAUUCGUUUCGACCCCGUGAGUCAAAUCACGAAAGUGUUCUUCGACGACGUAAAUCAGCAGGUGUUCGCCGUGAGGUCAGGCGGCGCGACAGGAGUAGUUGUCAAAGGUCCCGAACCAUUGAAGACCAUAGAUUUUCGGAUGGAAGAUAAGGGUGAUGUAAUGUCGAUCAAGUUCUCUCCAGAUAUUAAGGUCCUUGCAAUCCAACGAUGCCAGAAGUCUGUAGAGUUCAUAAAUUUCAAAGGAACUCUAGAUACUGUCGAGUAUUCUCAAAGCUGCAAAGGGAAGUCGACAAAAAUUCUCGGCUUUACGUGGACAUUCGUGAACGAGAUCGUGUUCGUAACCGACCACGGCAUCGAGCUGUACCAAGUGAGCAGCGAAAAGCGAGCGUUGAGGCUGAUUAAAACGUACAGCCUGCAAGUGCACUGGUUUGCUUACCAACCUGCAACCUCACUUCUGUUGUUGUCGUCAGGAGUGUUGGGUAAUCUUCUUCACCCUUUCCACCUCAAGCCCGGAGUUGUCUCGCGUCUGCCCAAGUUCGAGGUGGACCUCCCUCACAUUCCAAAACCUCCGCGGCUGUGCCUACUGGAACGAGAUGUGACCCUCGCCGUGUUGUACGGCAGUGCCACAAUACUGGUCCUGCGGCACCAGGCCAGAAGCUUGGGCGCCGAGAUUGUCAUCUACACGAUGCAGAAAGAAGGACCUCCCAGAAAAACAGACAUCCUUCGCCUUGACACAAGCGGGCGGUUUGCUGCCAACGUUGUCGACAACCUCGUCAUCGUGCACCACCAAUCUUCCAGAACAUCCAUGCUGUUUGACAUCAGGCUCCCAGGGGAGAGUGACGGAUUCGUGAACUACCACAGACCGAUCGUGCCACCUUCUCCGAUCCGCCCUUUCAAGUUCAGAGUUCCGGUAGUCCCUAAUAGCGCAGAGACCGUUAACUGUGAACUCUACUCGCCCAACUGGGUUGUCUUCCAGCCCAACAUCAUCAUAGAUGCCAAGCUCGGCUGUCUGUGGUACGUCAAGCUUUCACUACAACCACUGGUGCUCCACUUCACUGAUAAGUGCCUGCUCGUAGACUUCCUCCUGCAGCGAAACAAUUCCAAGCAGGUCUUGCUCCAGGUCUGCAGGGAGGCCCUCAGUCGCGACGGAGAACUCAACCUCGCACAGAUUGCCACCAUUUUCGACAAGAUCAACGCGACACCACAGUUUUCCGGAGGGCCGUCCGAUCCCUCGGAGAUGUACUCUCAGGUCUUCUCCGUAUUCGAAGAGGCCGGAGAGGACAGGUUCCAGUUUGUCGUUUCGGUCGUGAUCGAGUACAUCCGGUCACUCGUAGAGAACCGCCUCGGAGUGCCACACUACCUCAACGAGAUGAUAAUCAAUGUCUUGGUGCGGAACGGGAGGUUCUACCAGUUACACCAAUUCCUGCAGUACCACAUCCUGGCUGACUCCAAGCCCCUGGCGUGCACCUUACUAUCCUUGCACUCCCUGUACCCGCCGGCCAGCCAGCUGGCGCUCGACAUGCUCAAGAGGCUCGGCUCGACCGAGGAAGAGAUCGUGGAAGUGCUGCUGUCGCAGGGGAAAGUGCUCUCUGCCAUACGCUUUGUACAAGCCAGCGGAAACGUAGACGCAAUGUCGGCGCGCAAGUACCUCGACGUUGCCAAGAAUCAGUGUGAACCGGCUGUGUUUUAUGCUGUGUACAGGUUCUUCGAACACAGAAAUACUCAGAUAAGGGGACAGCCGGGUUUCGUUAAGGGUGAACACUGCGAACAGUAUGUCAAACAUUUUGAAAGCUUAUAUGGACAGCCAGAGAAGCCGAGCAGUGUGUAACUGUCAUUCCUAAAUGCCCUUCUGAACUGUGCUUGUGGGGUUUAAUGGGCUCUGUCCACAGGACAGAGCUUGUCAAGCCUUGUCCAGGACGAUGUAGUUGCUGCAUAAAGGAUAGGUUCCUUCCUGAAGUUUGUGGUAGUCAAAUACUGUUAGUCGUUGCACUUCGUAGUAUUUAAACACAAGCAUUGUGCAUAACAUAUUUACCUAACAUAUCGGUCUACUUGUCCCUUGUGAGCAACGCUUGCAGUGAGUUCUGUCAGCCUCUAACUGUUUGACAACAGCUGUUCUCUUUACCACACUGUGCCAACAGCUUUCUUAUACUGCAAGCGCUGUCUCAUCAUGUUGUGAUAGCAGAGAAAUGUCUUUGAGCAGUAUAACUUUUUUUUUGUAGUCACACAGGUGAUUCCAGGCGUCUGUAAGGUACAGUGCGAACUAAAAGACACAUCUUUGGCCUGCGAAAGUCUAAACGAGCUCCCUCUAGUGAAUUGUUAGUACCUCUCAAGCACCUCACCAGGUCUGCAUAGCAGAGUUUCCCAGUGGGGACAAAAACCAUGUGAGAAAUAGAUUAUUACAUGUUUUGUAUGACAAUAAUAAAUUUUCUCACGGAAUACA